AUGGCAUUUAAAGUGCUUCCGUUUGGCUUAAUUAAUUCAGCUCACAAAUACUUAACCGGAGAAGUCUUCAACUACAAAGUGAAUGCCACAGGGUCCUCACUGAAGAGAAAUCAGAUAUGGAACAUUGAGUUCACCAGGAAGAACUCCCCUGUGGUCCACAUCAAGAGUUCCUUUAAUAGAUAUAUUGCUGCAGACAAGGAUGGCAAGAUCACCUGUGAUCAGGUGGCUCCAACUCCAAAUUGUGUAUUCCUCAUAACGCUUCACCCAGAUGGACGAGUUUCCUUUCAGUCAGAGCCCUCCAAACGGUACUUAGGAGGAAACCAAGACAACAUAACAUGCUUUGCCCAAGCUAUCUCGGAGAGUGAAAAGUGGGUGCCACACCUGGUCAUUCAUCCCAGUAUCAACAUGCUCAACCUUGGCAGUGAUAAUUAUCUCAGACUGAAUGAGAAAAUUGAACAAGUGUGCUGUGAUAAGUGCUUGCCCUGGGGAUCUGAUUGUGUAAUGACACUCUACUUCGACAUCAAAGAGAAGAAAUAUGCCAUAAGGACAAAAAAUGGAAGCUUUGUUGCCUUUAAUGGAAAGACUGAGCCUGAAAUCUCAUACAAGACAUUAUAUCAUCUACAGAUAAAUAAUGGGAUGAUCUGUCUGAAAGACAUAUACGGAAAAUUUUUGUCUGUGAAGGACUGGACUGUUACCGCAAUCAAAACUUUGAAUCCAAGUGUAGAUGAACUAUUCAUCAUUGAUCCUUCUCCUGGGCAGUUCAGUAUCAUGUCCUUGGCCAAUAAGAAGUACCUGUCCUGCAAUGCUGGUCCAAAUGUCUACUCAAAUGUUGAUGAUGCAAACAGUGCUGAAAUCUUCCAAAUUAUGGUGCAUUCUACAAAAAAGAAAGUAUGCAUCCAACAUAUGUCAAGCUAUUACCUUGCUGUUGGUGCUAAGGGCUUCAUUGAAAUCUGUACCGAGUUAGAAUAUAACUGUUGGUUUCAAAUACUGUACAAUGGGGAAAAAGCAGCUCUAAAAACAUCAGAUGGGAGAUAUGUAACUGUGAACAAUAACGGCCAGCUCGUGGUGGGGCCAAAUUCAAUUGGAAUGCAGGAGGAAUUUAUCCUUAGACUUGCCAACCGAUCACAGCUAGUACUUCAGUGUGAUUUUGGUUUCAUUGGCAUUAUGCCUAGGAAGCGGAUUUUGGUAUGCAACAGCCCUACAUACGAAGCAAGCAACAUAACUAUAACUGAUAAUGGCUUUUAUCAGUUCAAAAUAGUAUCUCUAGGCAAAUACUGGGAAGUAGAUAACGAAGGUUUUAUAAAAGUGACUGGAAAAGCUCCUGUCAACUUCACCAUUGAACUGAUCACUUCAGGUCAAAUAAUCAUAAAAGGACCCAAUGGAAAAUAUAUUAUAGCAAAAUCCGAUGGAAGCUUCAAAGCCAUUGGAGAAGAUGCCAGGUCUGCCACAUUGUUCCGAUACUAA